AAUAUAUGGGGACCUUUUCUUGUUGUUGCUCAUGCAUCUGUAUUGAACAACUGGGCAGAUGAAAUUACCCGCUUUUGCCCUGACUUGAAAACUCUUCCAUAUUGGGGUGGGCUUCAGGACUAUACAGUUCUGAGGAAAAAAAUCAACCCGAAGACACUAUACCGCAGGGAUGUUGGGUUUCACAUUCUUAUCACCAGCUAUCAGCUACUUGUUUCUGAUGAGAAGUACUUUCGGCGGGUGAAAUGGCAAUAUAUGGUGUUGGAUGAAGCCCAAGCAAUUAAAAGUUCAAAUAGUAUAAGAUGGAAGACACUGCUUAGUUUUAAUUGCCGAAAUAUGCUUUUGCUUACUGGCACUCCAAUCCAAAAUAAUAUGGCAGAGUUGUGGGCCUUACCACAUUUCAUUAUGCCAACCUUAUUUGAUAGUCACGAACAGUUUAAUGAGUGGUUUUCUAAAGGAAUUGAGAGCCAUGCAGAACAUGGUGGUACUUUGAAUGAGCACCAGCUUAACCGAUUGGUAAGCAUCUUUUAUGCAACAUUAUUUUUAUUUGAAACAAAACAAUACUACUGGAGUUCUAAUCUUUUCCAAGGUUUCAAGUGA